AUGUCAGCGUCUCCUGUGAUUUUGAACGUUGGUGGCACCAGAUUCUACACGACUGUCGAUACGCUUAGAAACUCGGCAGCCGCAGAAAAUAGUAUCUUCGUUAGCAUGGAUUAUGCAAAGGGCGAGGUCUUCAUCGAUCGCGAUCCUACCGUGUUCAAGUACAUUCUCAACUAUUUACGUGAUGGAAGAGUAAUUUUCCCAGAUGAUGGUCUCACCACUGCUCUAAUGUUUCAGGAAGCUAAGGUAAGGUUAUUUGAAUUUUGUAGGCCUUCCAUAAAUAAUGGAUUCAUCUGUGCAACCAGCUUAAAUGUAGUUUAUGUUAAAUGAAG